AUGAGAGGUUCAAACACAGUCGUUCCAGAUCUGUCUCUUCAGAUCAGCCUUCCUAACUCUCACGCCGGAAAACCUCUUCACGGUGGUGACCGGAGCUCCACCACAAGCAGUGAUUCAGGCAGCAGUCUCAGUGAGUUGAGUCACGAGAACAACGUCUUCAACAAACCUCUCUUGAGCUUAGGCUUUGAUCAUCAUCACCGUCAGAGGCACUCAAACAUGUUCCAACCGCAAAUCUACGGUCGAGAUUUCAAGAGAAGCUCAUCAUCAAUGGUUGGUCUUAAGCGAAGCAUUCGAGCUCCAAGAAUGAGAUGGACUUCUACUCUCCAUGCCCACUUCGUCCAUGCCGUUCAACUUCUCGGCGGCCAUGAAAGAGCAACGCCUAAAUCAGUGUUGGAGCUGAUGAAUGUGAAGGAUCUAACCCUAGCUCAUGUCAAGAGUCACUUGCAGAUGUAUAGAACAGUAAAAUGCACUGAUAAAGGAUCAUCAGGAGAAGGAAAGGUAGAGAAAGAGGCAGAGCAGAGGAUAGAGGACAAUAAUAAUAAUGAAGAAGCUGAUGAAGGAACUGACACAAAUUCGCCAAACUCAUCAUCUGUGCAAAAGACCCAAAGAGCUUCUUGGUCAUGCAAAAAGGGAGUGUCUAUGAGCAUAUCUACCCAAGGAGAUCCUCAUUUGGGAACAACCGAUCUUCACACUAAUGAAAAUGAGGCGACAAACGUUCAUCUCAAUUUGGAAUUCACGUUGGGGCGACCAAGUUGGGUAAUGGACUAUGCAGAACCCUCCAGUGAUCUAACCCUUCUCAAGUGCUAA